AUGUUCCGCGAGCAGACAGUGCUGCUGGAUGCUGAGAGGGAGAUGCUGGUCCUGGAGAAGGAAAGGUCGGGGAAGCUGACCGAGGAGGGAGAGUUUCUCCGUGCGGACAGGAAUCGUCUGGAGACUGACAUCGGGCGCUUGACCCAACAAAUCGAGGACAUGAGAGUCGCCAUGCUUCCUGCCGAGGAUGAGCCGGAGGACAUAGCGGCUUUGAAGAGUCGAUCGGAGUUGGUCGCCCAUAUCCGGCUACUCGAGGCAGAUUGCGUCGGUGCUCUGGAGGAGGGGUUCGACUCUGCAGUCGGCCAGCUUUCCUUGUUAAACCCUGGUUUGGUCACUGAGGGGACGGGCAACACACAUCAGAUCGUGGAUGGCGUGAUCGUGCCCUCGCCCGACUCUCCAGUUGUCGACAAUGAUGGUUCUGGGGAAGCCUGA